AAGUGGAUGCCCCGGCUCUUUCUCGCUGCCUCUGCCGCAGCCGAUCUGUCUGCCUAGGGGCGCUCCCACUCUUAGACUUUGUUCCUGUUUCCUUCGGCGCUGCUCGCCAAAGGCCCUGGUUGCCAUGGUGAAGGAGAAAGUGGCCCACCCUCAGGACCCUCACCACCCGUCAGAGAAGCCUGUCAUCCACUGCCAUAAAUGUGGGGAGCCGUGCAAGGGUGAAGUGCUGCGGGUCCAGACCAAACAUUUCCACAUCAAAUGUUUCACCUGCAAAGUGUGUGGCUGUGACCUGGCCCAAGGGGGCUUCUUCAUAAAGAACGGAGAGUAUCUCUGCACCCUGGACUACCAGAGGAUGUAUGGCACGCGCUGCCAUGGCUGCGGGGAGUUUGUGGAAGGAGAGGUGGUUACCGCCCUGGGCAAGACCUACCAUCCCAACUGCUUUGCUUGUACGAUCUGCAAGCGCCCGUUUCCACCCGGUGACCGAGUCACGUUCAAUGGGAGAGACUGCCUUUGCCAGCUCUGUGCACAGCCGAUGUCUUCCAGCCCUAAAGAAGCCUCCUGCUCUGGCAAUUGUGCUGGCUGUGGACGAGAUAUCAAGAAUGGGCAGGCGCUCCUGGCUCUGGAAAAGCAGUGGCACUUGGGUUGCUUUAAAUGCAAGUCCUGCGGGAAGGUCCUCACCGGGGAGUACAUCAGCAAGGAUGGCACUCCGUAUUGUGAAAAGGACUACCAGGGGCUCUUCGGGGUGAAAUGUGAAGCCUGCCACCAGUUUAUCACUGGCAAGGUCCUGGAGGCAGGUGACAAACAUUACCACCCUAGCUGUGCACGAUGCAGCAGAUGCAACCAGAUGUUCACAGAAGGAGAGGAAAUGUAUCUUCAAGGUUCUACCGUUUGGCACCCCGACUGUAAGCGGUCCACCAAGACCGAGGAGAAACUGCGGCCACGGAACAUCCGUCACUCUCCAUCUGAUUUCUUUUAUCCCAAAAGUCUGAUUCGACGCACAGGAUGGUCCGCGUCUCUGCAGCCUACCAGGACUUCUUCCGAAAGCAUUUAUUCUAGACCAGGCUCCAGUAUCCCUGGGUCCCCAGGUCAUACUAUCUAUGCAAAAGUGGACAAUGAAAUCCUGGAUUACAAGGAUUUAGCAGCCAUUCCCAAGGUCAAGGCAAUUUAUGACAUUGAACGUCCAGAUCUUAUUACCUAUGAGCCUUUCUACUCUUCGGGCUAUGAUGACAAACAGGAAAGGCAGAGCCUUGGAGAGUCUCCAAGGACUUUGUCUCCUACUCCAUCAGCAGAAGGGUACCAGGAUGGGCGGGACCGGAUGAUCCACCGGUCCACCAGCCAGGGCUCCAUCAGCUCCCCUGUGUACAGCCGUCACAGCUACACUCCAACCACGUCUCGCUCUCCCCAGCAUUUUCACAGACCUGGCAAUGAGCCAUCCAGCGGCCGGAACUCCCCUCUCCCUUAUCGGCCAGACAGCCGCCCUCUCACUCCAACUUACGCUCAGGCCCCUAAACAUUUCCAUGUUCCAGAUCAGGGGAUCAACAUUUACCGAAAACCACCCAUCUACAAACAGCAUGAUGCAGCUGCCUUGGCAGCCCAGAGCAAGUCUUCAGAAGACAUCAUCAAGUUUUCCAAGUUCCCAGCAGCCCAGGCUCCAGACCCCAGCGAGAUACCAAAGAUUGAGACGGACCACUGGCCUGGUCCCCCCUCACUUGCCGCCAUAGGAGCUGACAUGAGACGCAGAUCUAGCGGCAGAGAGGAAGAUGACGAGGAGCUUCUGAGGCGCCGGCAGCUGCAAGAGGAGCAGUUAAUGAAGCUCAACUCGGGCCUGGGCCAGUUGAUACUAAAAGAAGAGAUGGAGAAGGAGAGGGAGAGCCGGGAGAGGUCCUCCCUGGCCGCUGGGCGCUAUGAUUCUUCCAUCAACUCAGCGUCACAUGCUCUAUCAUCGAAAACCUCAUCUCUCCCAGGCUAUGGGAAAAACGGGCUUCACCGGCCUGUUUCUACAGACUUUGCUCAGUACAACAGCUACGGGGAUGUCAGCGGGGGAGUGCGAGACUACCAGAGCCUCCCAGAUGGCCACAUGCCUGGGAUGAGGAUGGACCGGGGUGUCUCCAUGCCUAACAUGUUGGAACCAAAGAUAUUUCCGUAUGAAAUGCUGAUGGUGACCACCAGAGGGCGCAGCAAAACCCUAAGAGACGUGGACAGAACCAGGCUAGAGCGCCACUUAGCCCCAGAAGUGUUUCGGGAAAUCUUUGGAAUGUCCAUCCAGGAUUUUGACAAGUUACCUCUUUGGAGACGCAACGACAUGAAGAAAAAAGCAAAACUCUUCUGAGUACCACACGUAGACAGCAAUUAGAAAAAGGACUGACCAUGGCGGUGACACACGGGAUGUUGUAUUAAGGCCCAAACUUGAUUGGAGAAUUUGCAAACUACUGUCCCUCAGCAACAACCACAAGGGAAAAUCUGAUUAAAACACCCAUGAGCCAAAUGUUGGGCCAGCCCAUGGCAACAUUCUCCCAGAAGCAGUGGGGUAGAAAUGUCUGUGUUCCCACACCCUCGACAAUAGUGUUCACGUGUGACCUUUUUCCAUCCCCUGAUGUGCACAGCAGGAGCUACUUUUGUUUUCUUUCAGCUGUUAUUCAAUAAUAGUGUGACUGUAUGGGUAAGAACCAGCAAGUGCCCUUAGGAUGCCGCAUGGACAAAAGCAGUUGUAAUGACUCCAAAGUACUAGUAUAUUUAUUAUGUAGCGCCCCGGCUGAGAAGGAAGAGCCCGAGGGAUAGAUCCACGUGGCAGCAGCCUUUGCCCUCCAUUUCCUCACUGGCCUCCUGCAGCCCUGCCUGGGCUUCAGCAGGAGGGAAAGCAGAAUCGGGGCCCCCGGCAGCUCUGUUUCAAUAGCCACCAAAGUCAUUUUUAACAUGCUCCUUGUCCCCUACUGUUUGCUAGGACCUAAUAGGCAAAUUACUUAGCCUAUUAGUAGAAAGAAAAAAAAGAAUUAAGAGAAAGAGAGGAAAAAGGAGUGAAUGAAAAUUCUCCUUAAACCCUUUUCUACUUCAGAAAGUGUGCUUCUCCCCACCAAGGACAGGAGAUGUCUCAGCCCUGCAGCCCUCCACUCUUACAAAGAAAGGAAAGGGGGAUUGUCUCCAGAUUGGCUCAGUCGUAUGCUGUUAGGUGAGUUUUGUCCAAAGGCCACAGCAGUCUUGAUCAAAAACAAAAGUUCUGUCUCCUCUCAAUGCAAGUUCUCCCACCCAGCAAACUCUGCUCUCUAUCCGGCAUCCUCUAAAUCACAUCAAGCCCUCGCUGAUUUGGGGUUUUUUUUAAAGGUCUUUUCAGUAGUAGGCUAAAGAAAGGCAUGUUUUUCUCUUUGAAAUCUCUGCAACUCCAAGGUAGAUUGCCUCAAACUGAUUUGAUUUGGUCUUUUGAGCUUUCUUUCUUGCCUAGCUCUGUUGACUUCCUGGUCGGCACGUGUGUGUUUGUGUGUUUUCACUCACCCGGGGCAGUUCGGUGAGUCUGCAUGUGCUUUUAAAUUUCGUUCCUGCUCGAAUGUUUGUCCCACCGUGCUGCAGCUCCUCAGGGACGUUUGCACAGGUGCACGUGACUCCAAGGUCAAGAGUGAGGCUAACUGCAUCCCUGCCACCAGGUCCCCUGUGGAAGGGUGUUGGUGGUUAGAAGCCAGCAUAUUCUAUGACAGAUGUAGCUCAAGUCAGCAUCAGACCGAAGACCGCAGACCUAGGGUCAGACUGUGUGUCGACAGCAGAACAUCUCACCAGAGUCCUCAAACCCAGUAACACAAGCUUCACACUGGAGCCGAAGAUUACCCCAAAACUUGCAUUUAAGACGCCACCGUGGUCCCUGAAAGCCUCUGGCUGAGACUCAGACAGGACGCGAGUCACAUGUAGGAGGUUGUCACAUUUAUUCUCAUGCUUUGGGGCUCUGUUUAAGAAUUUAAACUCUAUUUUAAAGCCAAAGAAGAAAACAUCUGAAUUCACCUGCGUAUGCCACUAGUCCUAAAAGCUCAGAAAUUCUUCCCGCUGGCACCAAGUAUUAGAAUGCGUUCGUAGCUGACACCAGUGGUAACAAGCAAGUAGAAUAUUCUUUCUGACCUUGUACUGCAGACCUAACUUGUGACACACUCUAGCAACCGGGUGCUGUAGUGAAUACUGCAAUUGCUUUAUAGUAUUCUGUGCACUUCCCGAGGGAAUCUAAACCUGCCUGACCUUUGCUAGACACUGAAUGUUUGAGGACUGUUCUCACAAAUACGUACGUACAUACGUGUGUGUGUGUGUGUGUGUGUGUGUGUGUGUGUGUGUGUGUGUGUGUUGGACCUACUAACGUAUUUAGCAGAUGGCUCUGAUGAGGUAGAUGUGAGGAGACCAGCUCCUCCUUGGACUGAAGGCAGACUGCAGCCCACAGUUUCGCCCCUUCAUCUAUCCGUUGCCUCUUGCUUCAUUCAGUACAUCCGCUGUCCCAUCUUCUGUGACCUCUCCUGCAUGGGUAGCCUGGGCACAACGCCGGUGUGUCCUAAUCCUUGCUUCGCUCUGGCAAAGUGUGAGGGGUGAGGACCAUGGUGUGGUCCCAGUGUCCCCCUGCCACGACCCAUAACAAGGAUGGCCAAACGUAUCCGAGGGUUCGGCUGGAGGAGAGGUUUUUUUAUUGUUUUUUCAUCGGCUAAUGAGUUAUAAUCCACGUACUUGCAGAUUAAAUGUCAGUGUAAGAAAAAUGGCGAUGAUAGUUAAAGAACUGAGCCCUAAAUUUGCCGCCACUAAUGAAACUCUACUUUUCUUGUAACUUUUGAAUUCAGUUUUGCAUCCAUCUUGAGAGAGGGGUGGGAGAUAGCUUCUUUCCAUAUCAAGUGUAUGAGCUAAUUUAAACUACACCGUGCAAAAAGGCCUUGCCAGAAAAUGCCAGUAGCUUCCUGGCUGCAAGCAGAGCAGUGCUGUGCUCUAGGGAAGGGGGCGCUGGGAGUGCAGAGUGGGCUUUCCAGCCCCACUCUCCAGCAGAAGGCUCCAGCCACGGGCGUGGGUCACAGGGCAGCCUGACUCUUCCAACUGCCAAAUUGAAUCAGUGGGCUACAACGCCCUGUGUGUUUUGUUGAACUGGGCUCAGCAUGCUUGUCCAGAAAAUGUCCAGGUCACUACACAGGAAAUCGGUGUUCUCUGCUUCCCGCAUAAAAAAAUCCAGUUGUUAACACAGUCAAAUUAAUGAGGAUUGUUUACUCUAGGAAAGGAAAUAUACACAUGGUAAGCUUCCCUAGUGCAUACAUAAAGGGCUACAUUUUUGAGCAUUGGGCUUACUCUAGUGAUUCUUGAAGCAUAGGCUGAUUGCAUGAAGAGGCCUCUAGGAUGACCUGAAAGUCAGUGCUUCCUUUAAAGUUUCUUCCAAAAAAGCCAGGAUACCAUUUAGUCUUCUGGUGUGAUUCAUGUUGAGAUAUAGAGAGUGUUUGGAAACUUGUCCAGCUUGCUAGGUAUCUACUUUUUGGUUUGGGUUCAUUAUGAGAUGUUCUUAAUGUGACUCCUUCAAUAAUGAAAGAUAAACUGCCUGCUCUCUGAAACCUUGAACAGAAAAGCUAGAGACAAUGGGUAAUAAGGUGCAAAGAAAAAAAAAGUAGUUUCUAUCUGUCAUGUCCUCUAGUCUCCCCAAUUCUCCCCAACUCUCCAUUCUGCUGUUUCCAAGCUGAGUUUCCUCUUCCGAGGUGAGGCUGGAACAACGCUCUUUUCAACUCCUAUCCCCUCCAUCUGGUGAUGUCAAUCAACUCCACUUGGAAAAGUCUCGCUAGAAAUGUUUCUAUAACUUUCAUCUAAUUUCUUUACACUUUCAAGCAAACACCUUUUUCUAAAGACUUGCUUCUUAGAUGAUUAUACAAUAUAUAUAUAUCUAUGCUUUUGCAAGUUUAAAAAUUCAAAUGAACCACUUUUGACUAGGUAGGUCUUUCUAAAAAACUCUUUAAAGCAAACUUGAUGUUAGCGUUCUCUUGCAUGUUGAAGGGGCAGGGGACCCUCCAGGCUGUGGGCUCCCAGAGCCCUCUUUCUGACUGUCAGGAAAGAUGGUGGAAGGAAGAUGAACUCUGUGCCAUCAACCCUUCUGCAUCCUCUGCAGCAAGCUCAGUUUUUACACAUCACCUCAUCUGUAUUUCCGGUCACCGUUUAAUCUACUUCCUAGGCCAGCCUUGAUUUUAUCUGGCUUGUAAAAUCAUUUUCCUUUUUAUAAACCAAGUGUUUGUCAGGAUGCCCUAAAACUCACUCAUUAGUACUCCCUUUUGAAGAACGUUCUAUCCAGAAAAAGAUCAUUUCAGGCUUGAGGUUCGUAAUGAAACCUUACGGUGGCAAUGUGCGUUAAGGGAACUACCCAAUUAUGUUGUAAUGAAAGAAGGAGAAACUUUGACUCUGGCAUUUUAAAAAAUCACUGUCUUUCUAUUUGCUGCCUAGGGAGCAGUGGGGAGAUGGUGACUGACACGCUUUGCAUAUGGAUCUUUGUAUUUUUCAUUUGGGGCAAGUUUCAUUUAUGGCAAACUCAAAAGGAAAGGGGGAGGUGGUCAGUUUAAGCUGAAAAACUUUCUAAACAAUAUAUGUGUACACAGCAAAAUUAAACCCAGUCUUUUCUGAUGCUUAGUGUAAUUGAGUGGCGACUGUGAUCAUUAAAUAAAAUUCUUCCCAAAAGAGUAUCUCCCAAGAGUGACGAUGCCAUGAGUCGCUUUCUGAGCCCGUUUGCCAAAGGUAGAGGAAAAGACUGCAUCCACUAACAUUCAGAAAGGCAAGGAGCCACUCAGUGAUUGUAUAUGUGUAUGUUUCUUUACCCUACGGAAGAGAAGACGAAUGUCCGCAGGAUUGGUGUUCUUUUGGGGUGUUAUGUACAGACCUGUCCAGUAAUAAACGUGUGGUUUCUGUGAGUUGCUGACAGUCCUGCAUCGAAGCUUUUGCAGUUCUUUCCUUUGUAAGUUGGGUUUAAUGGAAUUUUUUUUCCAGUGUUGGAAGGCAUACUGUUCUUCCUGCCUCCCCUCCCCUUCCAGAAACAAGAAAGCAAAUAUUUGGAAGAAAUGCUGCUUAAAAGAUGUAUCAUGUCCCCCGUGAAAGCGGGUGGAUAUCGGUCGGCAUCCUGAAUGCCACGUGCCGGCGUGCAGAGGUGGGAUGGCCCUGGGCCUGCGUUACUGUGCUUAGGACGCCCGACGCGCUCCACACUCUUGUUGAAAUCAGCACCUGCCGUCCCCCUGCCGCUGUCCUGCGUCACUGUUGUCUUCACAACUCAGUGAAUAAAGUGUGUGCUUUAUGCG